UUGCAAAGACAACAACAUGGCGGCUCGCACAGAAAAAUAUUGACGGUUGUUUUGAAACUUCCCACACAUCAACAUUCCAAUUCACAAGUAUUUCGAAGUCCGGCAAGGUGGCAGAGCCACGUCUGGUCACUGUCACAGCGUCGUCGUCAGCUGCGUUAACGGCGUGACCGCUGUCUCGGCUGUCUCACAGCUAACGAUGACGUCACGAUGGAGGUGGCAGCCAGUGAUGCUCCCGAGCCGCGCGUUGAUCCACGUGGCGAAGACACAGGUGACGAUGCUGCAGCAGCGUCGACGCCACCAGCCGAAGUCCCUACAACCGAGCGCGGGUUAAUGGCAGCUCUGGCUCAGGGCUGGCGCGAGCUCUGCUGGCUCCUGUUGUUGGUGCUGCUGAGCGGCUGGGCAGCCCUGCAACAGAGCGGCCUGCCCCCUCGCACCAGGUCGCCCAACCCUCCAGUGCAUUUUUUCUACGGUGGCGGACACCUAGUACAAGAUUUCUAUCAAGGACAGUUGGCAGAGCUACGGUUGAGUGACCACGAUGUGUCAUUUCUCUUUUACUAUGCCCCGUGGGACAGGGACAGUAUGCGCGCGCGAGACAUGAUAGCUGAGCUGUCACGCAAGUGGUACAAACAGGUACACUUUGCAGCUGUAAACUGUUGGUGGCCCGAAGGAGAAUGUCGUCGGUCAUACCAUCCGUCUUCUUACCCCGUGAUUGCGCUGCACGUGAGAGGUGUGGGCAACAUCCUCUACCGCGGACCCCUCUUCCCUGCACAACAUCUAGAACAAUUCCUCAUGGAUGCUAUGAGGCCCCUUGCGUACCUUACCACGGCAGAACAGAUGGGAAAUCUCCUGCGGAAGCAUUCUGCCGUUGUCGUGGCUAUUCUCGAAGAAGGGCUGCCCGCUUCACCCUUGUACGAGAGCAGCGGAUAUCGGCAGUAUGAUGCGUUCUACGUCCUGGCAACUCUGGCCCUGAAGAAUGACCCACUUCGUGAGGUGGCCUUCGCUGUAGUGACCAAUGCUGAGACAGCUCAGAGCCUGUGUUUUUCGGACUCGCUUGCAAUGUACAGUUGGAAUUCUAGUCUUGCAUAUAAUGGGGACUGGGCUGAUACUGGUAAAAUUCUAUCGUGGAUCUACAAGAAUUUACGGCUGGCCGUACACUGGCUCUCGCCAUCGGGUGUGAAGAGCCUGGCCCUCUCGCAGGUGGUGGAAAAUUCUUCAACUCUCAUAUUGUACGCGCCACGGCCCAGCUGGGAGUACGCUCUUUUGCAGGAAGUGGCCCGUGAAUAUUACAGCUGCGGUGACAAAGUUCUCUGGGGACUGGGAGCUCCCCUACGUGGGAUGGGUUGCAGCUACAACGGAACCCUUCGAUUCUUGGCCAUCGAUUCGGACACUUACGAGCAAUUUGUGCCGCCUGGGGUCCUGGUCCCGGGUGUACAGCGCUCCGUUGCAAUUAUCUACGCUGCAAAGAAGGAAGAGGAGUACGUGCUGGAGAGUCCCGUGAGUCGCGCAUCCCUGCAGCAGUUUGUUCUGGACUUUACAUCCAGAUCCCUGCGGAGGCACCUGCGCUCGGAGGACCUGCCAAGUUGUUCAAGAGGUGCCCCCGUGUGCAAGUUGAACGGCGUUGCACUUCAACAUCUACUAACGAAAGACGUGUCACAGGACCUUUUCGUUCUCUUCUGUGCAUCCUGGUGUGGUUUCUGUAAAACCGCAGUGCACUUCUUUGAAGCAGCAGCCAGGGCAUUCGCUGGCACUUGGGACAUACUCUUCGCAAGAAUAGAUGCCUCCAAGAAUGACCUUCCUUGGGAGUUCACUAUGGAGCGGUAUCCAACCAUCAUCUUCUUUCCUGCCCAUAGGAGGAGCGAGAGCAGCGUGUACAGAGAGCGGCCACUGACCGAACUCGGGCUGGUGCAGUUCGUCCUGGGACGUGCACAACCUCCAGUUGUGCUUGCGGGAGCUCUAGCAUUGUGCACACGCUCAAGGGCGUGCAUACUGCGAAACUUAGUCCGAGUGGCUCACAGGGUCCUGUGCCUACCCGAAGAGCCCUGGGAAAAACGCAGGCAAACACUCAGGAAGGCAAGGAAGAUGAGAGACCAACUGACCCAUGCCCUUCUCUUGCACACUCACCACACAGAUACGCACAGCUUGUGAGAUCUCGAUGCAAGAUUGUCUAAAGCACAAAGUGUUGAUGCUACAUUCCACUCAGGAAAUCCUUCGCCCAAGUGCCACGAAACCGUUUUGAGUGCGACAGACUUUGUAAUGUUCUGUAGGAAACCUCGUGAGGACACCAGCGCAGCACUGGAGAGAGAACGAAAGUACCGUCUCGACAGCUAGAACAUCAGACUUGAAACGGAAGUAUCAUGCUCUUGGACACAUCGUCACCGGAUACCCUCUUUUGCGUGAUUUUUUUGCUCCAUCACGCUUCACAUCUCUGAGCAUAGAAAUGCAAGUAUAAUAUAAAUUUGCAGAAAUACCCGAGUUUCCCUGUUGAGUGGCUGCAACCGUUAAGAACUUGCUCAAGUGCAUCAACUGUGAUGGUCAUUUCAAGUUUGUGAAGUUGCAAAAUUCUUGUGCACUGUGCAGCGGAUGUACAGUAUAUAUUGAAAUAAAUACUGCAUCUUUUUGGUGUGGAAAAAGAUAA